AUGACACAAAGCGACGUACCUCAGGACGAAUAUGAGCAGGGUGGGGGGCCAGGUGCACCUAUUCCGGUCAGCCAGCUGGUGGGCAUCUCAGGCUUGACCGAUCGAGAUGUUAAGCUGGUUCAAGAAGGUGGCUUUCAUACAGUCGAGUCGAUAGCCUACACGCCAAAGCGUAUGCUUGAACAGAUAAAGGGCAUCUCCGAGGCGAAGGCCGGAAAAUUGUUGAACGAAGCCAUGAAACUUGUCCCUAUGGGCUUCACAACAGCCACUGAAAUGCACGCACGCCGUAGCGAACUGAUAUCGAUCACGACCGGAUCAAAACAGCUAGAUACACUGCUGGGUGGAGGCAUUGAGACUGGAUCCAUAACAGAAAUAUUCGGUGAAUUCAGAACAGGAAAGAGUCAGAUUUGCCAUACACUUGCAGUAACGUGCCAGCUUCCAUUUGACAUGGGUGGCGGCGAGGGCAAGUGUUUGUACAUUGACACAGAAGGUACAUUCCGACCGGUCAGAUUACUUUCGGUAGCGAAUCGGUUCGGCCUCGAAGGUGAAGAGGUACUGGACAACGUUGCGUAUGCACGAGCUUACAAUUCAGAGCAUCAGUUGCAGCUUCUGCAAAUGGCGGCUCAGAUGAUGACAGAGACCAGGUUCUCGUUGCUCAUCGUGGACUCGGCGACUUCUCUGUACAGGACAGAUUACAAUGGUCGAGGAGAGCUUUCCUCUCGACAGUCACAUAUGGCCAAGUUUUUGAGAACACUCCAGAGGCUGGCAGACGAGUUCGGCAUAGCCGUUGUCAUAACCAAUCAGGUGGUUGCACAAGUUGAUGGUGGACCAAGUGCCAUGUUCAACCCUGACCCCAAGAAACCAAUCGGUGGCAAUAUCAUUGCGCACGCCAGUACUACGCGACUUAGUCUGAAGAAGGGCAGAGGUGAGACCAGAAUAUGCAAAAUCUACGACAGCCCGUGCUUGCCUGAAGGCGACACUCUCUUCGCCAUUCAAGAGCAUGGUAUUGACGAUCCAGCUCCGAAAGAUAUGGAAAAAGACUGA